AUGAUGAUGACGAUGACUGGCCGUGUGCUGCUGGUGUGUGCCCUCUGCGUGCUGUGGUGCGUUGCCGGCGGUGUUUAUGCGAGGGACGUCGAUAACAACGCACAGGGUGUUUGCAUGGCGUCGGGAGUGGUGGUCAAGAAUUGUUCUCAGAUGCCGAGCGGAUGUGAUAAAACUACGAUUACGGUGCCUUUGCGGUCAGUAUUGCCCAUUACUGCCGUCGAAGCCUCGACUGAAAAUAAUGUUUCUGGUUCAACAGACGGUAAUCAGGACUCAACUUCAGAUAUAAAUCCAGGUGUUGUUGAUGGUACUGAUGGUGAAGGUACCGUACAGGCUGGUGGCAGCAAAACUGCUGGAGAUUCUAGGGGCGGUGGUGAUGCUGGAUCGAGUGGAAGUUCUAAGGGAAGCGAAGGUCUCGAUUCGGAGCCUCUCCCCUCUGGCGGUGGGGGCACAGGUGACUCUCCGCCGUCUUCUUCUACGGACGUUACCUCCUCAACUCGCAGUGGUGGUGGCAUGGAUUCCACAGGAAAUGCUUUAUCCUCAGUGGGGAAUAAAACUCCAGAAGUCGUUCAGCCAGAAAAAGCCGCAAACGCAGCAUUGCCUCAACACCCCACAUCUCAAGAACAGGAAACGAUGAAAUCCACCCCUGGAACGCAGUCACAAACUCCUUCUUUGGCAGCUGGUCAAGAUGUUGGCGACGGUGUCACGGAUGGCGAAGGUCAAGGCUCCUCGAGAGAAAAAACAAAAGAAAACGAGGAUCUAAAGGCCCCCGGAACGGAAGUAAUAUUUGAAUCUCCAGGCCCCAAAUUGCACGGCAGUGGAGGAAACGAAUCGGAAUUACCCAACGCAACAUUGCAGGAGACGAAAACCCAAAAACAAGGGAAAACUCUAGAAAAAGAGAAUAAUGACAGCCAGAGCGGAGGUGCACCCAAAAAUUCAUCUAAUAAGCAUGAAAGAAACGAUAGGCGAGAAGGAAGUAGCAAAGCCACCACAUCCACAGCAGGCACCGCGCAGAGUACAUCAACUGGCAGUCAAGAACAAGCAGCUGCGUCAUCUUCAGUUGGAACCCCUACUCCAGAUCAGGAGGAAAAAUUCACUGGAAAGAAACGUACUGAGAGUACCCAACCUCCAGAUGCUGCAGGAACUGGUAAACCCUCAAGUGGAGAUAAAGCAAAUAUUGCCGACAGUGACGGCAGCACCGCGGUCUACCACACCACCUCCCCUCUUUUGCUUCUUCUUGUUGUUGCUUGUGCGGCUGCUGCUGCGGUGGUGGCCGCGUGA